UCAACGAUUUCCUAAAUUCUUUUAAUACGAAAAAAUGAUUACAAAGAGUGACACAGUAGAGUUCUUCUCUCUUUCUCUCUAUUGUGAACCUUUUCUGAAUCUAAAAAUGUCUUCUCCUUCAAUUAAUAUAAUUUAAUUAAACUUUAACAUAUAUUUUAAUCCACAAAUUGCAGAGACUAAUUUAUUCAGCGAUAAAUAAAAUCCAUGGGAAAUCAAAUUCAAACCCUCAGAACUGUUAUUACAUUUCCACAAAACUCAUUUCAAUUCUCUCCUCCUCUUCUCACUAUUUCUUCUUCUUCUUCUUCCUUUCAUGGCCGCCUCCUCCUUAUGUUUAAAUCUAAGGUUUUUCAUUUCUCACUAGAAAAGAAUCUCCCCAUAUACAUUUGGAAUAACAACAAGAGUCAACAGCCGUAUUAAUCAACCUCUAUGAACAUUAUUCUCAAUCAUUCAUUGCUUAUUUGCUUUUAUUGAUUGAGGAUUGACAAGAAUCCCGCUAUCAUUGAGGAAAUUGAUUAGUCUGUAAACUAAAGUUUUGAUUUUUAUCCAUUUCUAAAUCUGAGUUUUAAAAUCUUGGAUUUUGCUUUAGUAUGUCUAAAGAGGAGAAAUUUAGUAGUAGUAGGAAGAAUGUUGAUGAUGUGCGUUGUAGUAAUCCAUCUAAAUUGAUUAGGUAUAGUGAGAAUCCUUUGGGUUUCAACAAGAACUUAUCAGAAAUCGCAGUUUCAAAUGAGGGUGAAAUUGGUGGUUCUUCAAAUGUAGUACCUCAAGAUGAUGUAGAUUAUACUUAUGUUCCGUCCCUCAGUGAUGAGCUUGUUCUUCAUAUACUAGCUAGGUUUCCAAGAUCAGAAUACUGGAAACUUAGUUUCGUAAACAAAUGGUUUUUAUCGUUACUGAAAAGCGGGGAGCUAUACAAGUUAAGGAAAGAAUAUAGAGCAACAGAGCCAUCUGUUUUUAUACUGCCAUUAGCGACUGGGGAUCCUCAAUGGUGGUCACUUGAUCAGAAAUUCAGGUCUUGUAGGAAACUACCUGUAUUACCGUCAGACUCGUGUUUUGCAGCUGGAGAUAAGGAAUCACUUUGUGCUGGAACUCAUCUUCUUGUUUCCGGUAAAGAGAUUGAUGGUGUUGUUAUUUGGAGGUACGAGUUAGCAAUGAAUAGAUGGUACAAAGGUCCUUCGAUGAAUAAUCCUAGAUGCUUAUUUGCCUCGGCUAGUGGAGGCGAUGUUGCUUAUGUUGCUGGUGGGAUUGGGUUGAGGAAUAAUAUGGAGAUUUUAAAUACAGCUGAGCUUUAUAACCCGGAAACUAAGUCAUGGGAGCCACUGCCGAGGAUGCAAAAACGGAGAAAGCUAUGUGCUGGCUGUUAUCUUGAUAACAAGUUUUAUGUCAUUGGGGGGCAAGGUGUAGAUGGUGGUGAUCUAACUUGUGGGGAGUGUUUUGAUGCUGAAAAGAACACAUGGGAGUUGAUACCAGACAUGAUUAAAGAUGUUCCAAUUCCAGCGUCAAGAUCUCCUCCUCUUGUUGCUGUAGUAAAUAAUGAACUCUACACACUCGAAGCGUCUUCAAACAAGCUAAAAGUUUACAUGAAGAAGAGUAAUUGUUGGAAAGAGUUGGGGACAGUACCGGUAAGAGCUGAUCAUAGUAGAGGAUGGGGGGUAGCUUUUAAGACUUUGGGGAAUGAAUUGCUUGUUAUUGGUGGAACUUCAACGGCAGGACAAAGGAUGAUUAUAUGCACUUGUUCGCCAGAUCCUGAAGUUAAGGAUUUGAAUUGGAGGAAUGUUGGCGCAGGUCGUAAUAGAAUGAGCCACUUCAUUUUAAAUUGUUCUGUUAUGAUAGCUUGAAGUUUGAGGGUUUUUCUCCCCCGGAAAUAGCUUAUAGAUGACAUAAUAGCUUAGUGGAAAUAAAAACAGUCUUGGGGAAGCACUGGGGAUGGAUCCGAAAUGACUGCAAGCUUGCAUUUGCUGCUGGAUUACAUAUAUGAUAUACUUCUUUUAUUUGUAAGAAACUAGGUUUUUACUCAGAAAAGCAAACACAUGGUUGGAUACUUUAAUUGUCUUAAUGCAUUUGCAGAUCUUUGUUAUUGGUUUA